AUGUCAACACCAAGCAGCGCAAAAAGGCGCCAGCCCGAGCGUGGCGCCAAGUCGCAAGCUGCGAGGAAACACAUGAGCACCAAGAAGCCAAAGAACGGAAUGCUCGGUGCUACUCCCAACAGCUACUAUCUUACGAUCCUCAACUCUUUCAUGUUCGACGAUGUCGGGUUAAUUGAACUUUGGCUCAAAGAACAGCUACCCGGUCAGAUAGCUGCAGUGCAGCGAUUUACGAUCUUCUGCGACGAGCUGGAUGCUCCCAUCUGCUCCCUUCCAAAUUUGAAGUCUCUUGAAGUCUGGUGCCCGAGCGACGAUGAGUGCGGCGGCCAGUGCUGGGCUGAUCCUGCACUGCGCAAAGCUAUCGAAGACAAGCUGAUGGGCAUAUGGGGUAAUUCCGAUCUCAAAAUCACAAUGAUACCGGUGUGA